AUGGAGGCGGUGAAGGCGGCCGAUGUGGCCCUCUGCAUCCUGCUGCGCUCCUACCUGUGCCCCACCACGGAAACUGAUCCCGAUCCCCACAGCCCGCUGCACGCCCUGUUUGGCGAGGCCCUGCUGCGGGAGAUCAGGCGCCGGGACGAGGCGGCCAGCCCCAGCCUGAUGGAGCUGCUGCAACACAUCCAGGUGGCGGCGGCGGCAGGCGGGGACCACAUGUGCCCCGGCGGCGAGUCGGCGGGCGAGGCGGACGCCUACUUUGGCGCGGUCAAGGCCGCCGUGGGCGCUCACCUGUCUGCCCUGGAGACUGCCGACGAGCUGGUCUCCCUGUUCACCUCUGUGGCCGAGCAGGUCAUCACCCAGUGCACCAGCACGCCGGCAGAGGCAGAGGGGCGCGGCGCGGACGCCAGCAGCGCCAUGGGCCUGUACCUGCGCAUCUGCUACGCACGCUACACCGCCAUGACAUUUGAGGCCAUCUGCAAGCUGGUGGGCGAGGUGCACGCCUACUUUGAUGCCGCGGUGGCGACGCUGCAGGGCCGGCCCUCGGCCCCCGCCCCCGCCCCGCGCCUCAGGCCGGGCCCAGACCUGGAGCGCUUCCUCAACGCCCAGCUGGCGGGCCUGGGGCGGCGGGUGGGCAGCGUGGCACAGGCCGACAUCGAGGCGCCGCUGGGGGAGCUGGCGGGGGCGGCGCCGCAGGUGCCUAAGGCACACCUGGCGCACCACCUCAGCGCGCUUCACCACCGCGACGUCGCCGCCUCGCUGGACCACCUGCACCGCUUCUUCGAUCACACGGCGGAGGCGCGGGGCGCGGCGGCAGGCGGCGGCAGCGGCGCCGCCGCCGGGCAGCAGGCGGGCGAGGCGGCGGCGGCGCGCGAGCGCGGCCGGCUGCAGAGCGCGGCGCUCAGCCUGGGCUCCAUGCACGCCCAGCUGGGACACAUGGAGCAGGCGCUGCAGGCGCUGAACGAGACGGUUCGCAUCGCGCAGCAGAGCAGCGACGACACGUGCCUGGCCCACGCCCUGGCCCUGCUGUGCCAGGUGCUGGACGCCACCACCCCCGGCACCAUCACCAGCGUCAGCCACGUGCCGGGGGCCAGCCCCGCGGCCCGCCACUACACGCAGCUGGGCCAGCUGCUGCACAGAUGCCUCAGGCGCUGCGAGGAGCUGCACCUGCCGCACCUGGUGGCCUUCAGCCAGCUGGCGCUGGCGCGCCUUGAGCUGCUGCACCCGCAGCGGCCGGCGGCCAGCCCGGGGGCAGCCGGCGGCGCCGAGGGCCCAGCCGGCGGCGGCGGCGGUACCGCACCCGACCUGCCGUGCAGCUCGUCGGUGGCGGUGGCUGGCGCUGUGCGUGAUGUGGCGCACCUGCACAUGGCCACCCGCCUGGCAGCCGCCGCCCCCUCGGUGCCGCCCCUCAGCAGCGGCGCCUCCAGCGCCCGCGUGCUGCGAGGCGUUGGUGACCUGUUUGCCUCCACCGCCGCGCUGUAUGGCCCCGACAUGCAAGGCAUGCAGGCCUCCUCUGCCGCCGAGGUGGAGCAGCUGGUGGCGGGCAGCCACCUGCUGCAGGCGGCGUGCUGGGAGCUGCGGGGCAGCCGCCACCUGGCGCAGGCGCACUCGCUGGCCUGCCUGGACGCGUUUGGGGGCGUGACGCGCGCGGAGGAGCAGUGCACCGCGCUAGCGCAGCUGGCCGUCAGCGUGGCGGCGGCGCACGGCCCGCGCGCUGCGGAGCAGGUGCUUGCGGUCGCCGACGAGCGCUUCCCGGGCGCGCAGAGCCGUGUGCUGGCGGGGGCCAGGCUGUCCAUAGCGCACGACCGUGCGCUGCGGCGCGGCGACCUGCACGCCGCCGCCGACAUCGCGGCGCAGAUGGCGGCGCUGCCGCCGCCCACAGACAGCACUGACAUCGGCCUGAGGCUGGAGGCGGAGGAGCGCAUCGCUCGCACGCUGCUGGCGGCGGGGUGCGUCGAGGAGGCUGCGGCCGCGGCGCACGCUGCGUGCGCUGUGGCCUCCACCACGGGGCAGCCCCUGCACAGCGCGCGCCUGCAGCUGCUGCUGGCGCGCGUGCACCAGCAGGCGGGCGCGCCGAUGGCGGCGCUGCCCUACGCCCUCACCGCCACCGCCCACGCGCGCCAGCUGGCGGCCGACAUGCUGGCGGCGGAGGCGGUGGUACUGCUGGCGGGGCUGUGGUGCGACAUGGGGGCGCAGCAUGCGCAGCACGCGCGGCGCGAGCUGGAGGGCGCGCUGCCAUCCAUCCUGGCCCACGGCUCGCUGGAGCUGCAGGCGGCGGCGCAGGUGGCGCUGGCAGAGGCGUGCAUGACGCAGCACGUCACGCCUGCCGGGCUGCGGGAGGAUGGCGAGUGGCUGCUGGUGCUGCUGGAGGAGGCGGAGCGGGUCAGCCUGGUGCUGGAGGACCGGCGGGGUGCGGCACACGCCACCUACCUGCGGGCGCUGGUGCAGGACGCGCUGGGGAACGCGGAGCAGCGCAACGCCGCCGCAGCCAGCUUUGGCGCCCUGGUGCAGCCUGCUGGCGCAUUGGAGUGA